CGAAUGGGGUGUGAGAGUUGGGAGGAUGAGGCGGCGCUUUGGGAGGCGGGUUUUCUGCUCGCUGGCUAUCGCCGCUCCCUCACUCAGGCGGAGGGACUCGGCGAGUGCCAUGGCGUACGACGAGAGGUCUGCGGCCGACAAAGACAGGUUCAUUUGUAUUUACCCUGCAUAUUUAAAUAACAAGAAGACCAUCGCGGAAGGAAGACGGAUACCUGUUGAAAAAGCGGUUGAAAAUCCCACCUCUACAGAGAUCCAAGAUGUAUGUGCAGCAGUUGGACUUAAUGUGCUGGUAGAGAAAAAUAAGAUGUACUCCAGAGAAUGGAAUCGCGAUAUGCAAUAUAGGGGCAGAGUACGGAUUCAGCUCAAGAGAGAUGAUGGCAGCCUAUGCUUUCCCCAGUUUCCAUCACGUAAGUCGGUAAUGUUAUAUGCAGCAGAGAUGAUACCCAAGCUGAAAACAAGGACACAGAAAGCAGGAAGUGGUGACCAUAGUUAUCAGCUAGGUGACGGAGGUAAAAAGGGCAAAGGGAAAAAGAAGAAGUGAUCCUGUGCCGCAAAUGGUAGUUAAAUUCAUCUGGAUUGUGUGAAAUACGAAGGGAUGCUGCCAAUUUGCCCCUGAAGCAAAGGUAUACAUUAUGAAAUAUGAAAUUGAUGAAGCUUUGUCAAGCUGAACUGGAAUGUGUAUGUGCCUCCCAACUUCAAGAAUUUACCAACGUGUAUUCACGAAGCAACUGGCAUCAGUUAUGCAUCUAGAUUUAUACAGCAUAUAUAAGAAAACAAUUGCAAAUAACCGUGAACAUUGGCAUUAAAGAAUAUGUAGGUGCACAAGUAAAAUGUGUAAAGCUGUGUGUCCAGGCUAAUUUUUUUUUCUUUUUUUUAUCCAUAUGGUCUUAAACUAGGACGUGGCAUUGUUUUGGAAUAUUUUCUAUUACAUUUAAAUUACAUGGUCUGCAACCUGCACAUUCUACCCAUCUCUUUUAAUGUUUAAAUUAUGGCAAUAAAAUAUUUGAAAUUGGUUUUUGAA